AUGGAACCUGUCAACACAUCAGGAAAAGGGAGACGAGGGGAAUGUAGAAAUCGGAAGGUGACCCACAAAGCUCCCCCAGAGGGGCAGAUGUUUCCAGAUGUUGGGAGCCAAGAAGAGGAGCAGGAUCUGUACAGUGUGAACAGACAGGGUCUUUCAGCGCUGCACAUGGCCUGCCUUUACGGCCAGCUGGCUACCGUUCAGCUGCUGGUGGAGUCCAGGCAUGGGGGGGUCAACAGCAGCGAUAAUCAGGGUCGCCGGCCUAUUCACAUGGUCCUGUCCCCCCAGAGCUCACCCAACACCGCCUCGUGCCUCAUUUGCCUGCUGGAGCACGGGGCUGACAUCAACACUACCACAGAUUCAGGGGAGACCCCGCUGCACCUGGCCGCCGCUGAAGGCCUCCUGAGCUGCACAGAGACCCUCAUGCAGGCCGGAGCAGAUGCGCUGGCCCGGGACAACAUGGGACAAAUUCCUCUGGAUUUGGCCCGCAUCUGGUGCCACAGGGAGGUGGCAAGGUAUCUGAAAAGCUGCAUGUGGCAAACUGAUAAGAAGAAAGAAAUGCAGGAGAGGAAGCUGGGUCAAACUUUAUACAUUGAUCUCAUGGAUAUGGUCAAAUUAAAUAAAAUCAAUAAAAAGACAGUUAUAGAUGAGAAGAUGACAAAGUGGGCGAACCAAAAAGGUCUUCCUCUCCUGAAGGAAUUCUCCCCCAGAGUCUUGGUGAGCCAGUACCACACCCAGUGCCUCGGUUCUGAUCCGGUUCUGAAACCCCAGCCAGGAGAUCAUCUGGAGGACAAAAACAUCCCCACGAAGCAACCUAAAGCCUCCUCCCCUGGACCCUGGACCAUCUUCACGGGUCUCCAACCAGAGAAGCCCCUCAGGGAGCCGGACCUCCGGGACAAAGUGACGGUGCUGGGGGGCAGCCGGCAGCCUCAGUACACCACCCAGUGGGACAGCAGGCUCCACCCCGCCCCCGACCUGCCUCUGGAUGUCCUCCAGAGGGUGUUGUUCCCCAGAGCCUUCCCUUCCAGGAUCGCCUCCCCACGGUACUUUGAGCCAAAGGACAUUGUGGAGGUCCAGCACAGAGGAUACCCCCAGGGGCGGAGGACCUCCCCCUGGACAGAGGUGGCCAUGCACUUGGCUGAAGUGCUGGAGCCCGGACAUUACUGAACAUCACACAGGAAGAGCUUAAACAACACCUGCAUUAGUAAAUGUCUGAAAGGAAUGGAUGAAAAAUAUCCAUUAUGUAAACUUGAUGGUAGAUUAAAAAAAAAAUGAAUCAAUUUUUGUAUUUAACAUGCCAUCAAAUGAUCCGAAAAAAUGUAAUUAUUGUGCUUAGGGGGAUUCUAUUUUAGGAAAUGUUUUGUAAGGACAUCUAGCAGUGUCCUCUAUGUCAUCUCACUUCGAGUUGUAACAGUCUCAACAGUAGACUUUCCCGAACACAAAAUCCCCCUCCCCCUCCUAGACUUCAAGCCCAUAGUGACAAAAUAAAAAACGCCACACACCCCAGAUGCUGCACCUCCAAACGCGGGGUGAAAGGAGGGGUGAGUGAAAGGUGAGAAAACCUCAGUGAACUGGGUCACCUGUCUCAGAUGAGUCCCUGCACUUUCUCUGCUCCCCCCAGGGAACUGACUCGGGGUCCAGGUGAGGGCUUGUCAACAGCGUGUGUGUGUGUGACUUGGAGCUGUGGCCUGUCAGCUAAAGGUGUGUGUGUGUGUGUGUGUGUGGUUGUUUUGUCUUUUUAGCUUUACUUCACACCUCAGUGGGGGUCAAAGUGCACACGAGCCUCAACCUCACUGUGACCGAGACACAUGGGACGUGGAUAACACCAGCUAGACUGUCUGCUACACACACACAUUUUUUAGGGAGUGAAGUUCAAGGCGUAACAGGAAAAUCCAUCUUACUACACAUUGUAUUUAACAUUAAAUAAGUGAAGAUUUAAUUGGAAAUGUUGAGGAUCUAUUUUUCUGUGAAAAGAAGCAUUUAAUCUAUCUGUUAUUUCAACAAAGUAUUUUAUUAUACAUCUGUGUAGCAUACCAGCCUCCAAUGAAUCGCACUCGGUAAUUGGUAAAAAGAAUGUCGGGCUCUUUAAAAGCACUUUCAUCAAAAACCACUUUGAGCAGCUUUUGUCCCCGACGCACGUUAGAGUCUUCACAAGGGUUUUCAUUUGUCGUCAGAGGUCGGGUUAACUCGCUGAUCAAUGUUUUUAAAAAAUCAGUUUGUUAUUACCGUGUAUUUCUUUUCAAAAUAGUCCAAAAAAGAACUGUAGAUCUGGAAGACAAAAAAAGAAAAUCUCCAACACAUGUAAAAGAUCCAGACUGGGAGAUAUUCAUUGUUCAUCACAUUCAUUUAAGGGUGUUUCGUUUAUAGAAGUAAUCCUUUGCAAAUGCCCUUAUUAAGCCAUUUUCAUAACUGAGAAGCGACAGGGUGUUUACAUCAUGCCACAUCCUGUAUUUAAAUUAAAGCACCAGCUGAUUACUUACAACUUAACUUCACUUUCUUAUUUAAAGUAGUCGGGUAAAGUAGGGACUUGAGGCAUUUUUCCUGCAGCUGUUAUGCCACUUUAAACCAAAAUGAAAGCUUGGACAUCAGGAUUAAACCAGAAAGUACCUUAAAGUGGCUUCCUCUGAGGAGAUCUAUCUAGUCGUCUCCUAAUUCUGCUCUUCUGUGUUUAAUCUUAGCGUGAAACCUACAACACAUAAAAGACAGAACAUCUCAUCUCCAGGAAAAAACACAAAAUGAUCUAUCUCCCAAGUCAAAACGUACAGGUGGGUGUUACAUUUCAGACCUUUUCACAAGCAUAUUUUAAUACCAAAGAUUUAAAAAA